AUGAAGCCUUUUCCUCCACGAUACAGAGGACAUCCAUCCAUUGCAGGAUUCAGUGGAGGUGAGAAGCGGGUGAUAAAUGACUUGAGCGUGCUCUGGAGGAGCCCCCUCCUGGCCAAUCAGGACAGUGCAGUAGUUUCGACACCACCCCCCAGCGGCCGCACAGGCGCACUGAGCCACACUGCCAUUUUGUGCACACAAUACUCUCCUAAAGCGGGAGAAGGAUUAAAAACUAAGUGCGGAGAGCCUCGCAUCUGCCCCGGACACCCAAACUUUUUGGUACAGUGGCCACACUUUCAUCUACGGGUGGUCGGAACAACAACCGACGACAAGAGAACUGGCAUGGAAUCAGAAGACGACUCAUCUGUUCAGGUGGUCCACAGCCAGGAUGCAAUCGUGGCUGAUCUCCUCCAACAGGCAGCAGAAGCCGGAGGUGUAGUUAUUGAUGGCCAGCGUGUUGUUCUGGAUCAAGGACAAGGAAUGGUUGAAACCACAACAGUUAGUGUUGAUGGAGGCGGAAGUGUUCAAAUGAUGGUUAUGGACUCUCUCGAUCCGGCACUGCUGCAGAUGAAGACUGAGGUAUUGGACGGAGUUUCUGCUGGUGCUGCUCAUCAAGCAACAGUUACAACUGUCGAUCAAACGCAGAUCAUCACCCUACAGGUUGUGAACGUAGAGGAACAAGCAGCGCUGGGUCUGGGGGAGCUCCAGCUGGUACAGGUGCCCGUGUCGGCCUCUACAGUGGAGGCACUACAGCACGGCACUCUGGUGGAUGCCUCUUCCAUGCAAAAGGACCCAGUCAUUUGCCACACUUUGCCUCUACCUGAAGGCUUUCAGGUAGUUAAAGUUGGUGCUAAUGGUGAAGUGGAGACAGUGGACCAAGAGGAGGAAGAAGGCGAGGGCCAGCCAGACGAUGACGGUGAAGAGAAUCAGUUUGAAGAAAUCAUGGGUGCACCGGUUGAGCCCACAGCUGAAGAACAAGCCUGGGAUAAGGAUCCAGAUUAUCAGCCCAACCUCGGAACUAUGAAGAAAAUGAAAAAGGGUAAGAAAAGCCGCUUGCGAUAUGCAGAAGGGGACAAAGACAUGGACGUCAGCGUGUACGACUUUGAAGAGGAACAACAAGAAGGCCUUUUGUCCGAGGUCAAUGCAGAGAAAGUCGUUGGCAACAUGAAGCCACCCAAGCCUACCAAAAUCAAGAAGAAGGGUGUGAAAAAGACAUUUCAGUGCGAGUUGUGCAGUUACACCUGUCCACGUCGCUCCAAUUUGGACCGCCACAUGAAGAGCCACACCGACGAGAGGCCCCACAAGUGCCAUCUGUGUGGAAGAGCCUUUCGGACAGUGACUCUCCUGAGGAACCAUCUCAACACACACACUGGCACUCGCCCACACAAGUGCACAGACUGUGAUAUGGCCUUCGUGACCAGCGGAGAGUUGGUUCGCCAUCGGCGCUACAAACACACGCACGAAAAGCCAUUCAAAUGCUCCAUGUGCGACUACGCGAGCGUGGAGGUGAGCAAGUUGAAGCGCCACAUUCGCUCCCACACCGGAGAGCGGCCUUUCCAGUGCAGCCUUUGUAGCUAUGCCAGCAGAGAUACCUAUAAGCUGAAGAGACACAUGCGAACACACUCGGGUGAGAAACCAUACGAGUGCUACAUCUGUCAUGCCCGCUUUACCCAGAGUGGGACAAUGAAAAUGCACAUUCUGCAGAAACACACAGAGAAUGUGGCCAAGUUUCACUGUCCCCACUGUGAUACUGUUAUUGCCCGCAAAAGUGACCUGGGAGUCCAUCUUCGUAAGCAGCAUUCAUUCAUCGAAACAGGGAAAAAAUGCCGCUACUGCGACGCUGUGUUCCAUGAGCGCUACGCCCUGAUUCAGCAUCAAAAGUCCCACAAGAACGAGAAAAGAUUUAAAUGUGACAUGUGUGACUAUUGCUGUCGCCAGGAGCGGCACAUGGUGAUGCACCGUCGCACUCAUACAGGAGAGAAGCCCUUUUCCUGCAGCCAGUGUGAAAAGACCUUCAGGCAGAAGCAGCUGCUGGACAUGCACUUCAAACGCUACCACGACCCCAACUUCAUUCCCACUGCGUUUGUUUGUCCCAAGUGCAACAAGACAUUUACUCGCAGGAAUACCAUGUCUCGUCACGCUGAGAAUUGCAAUGGCGAAGCUGAAGAGGGUGAAAAUGGAGUCGUUACCCCGAGGAAAGGAAGGAGAGGCCGGAAAAGAAAGAUGAGGAGCAGGAAAGACGAUGACAGCGAGGAUGACGACCAAGUGGAACUGGACGAUGACGAGGAGGAGGAUGAAGAAGAUGAGCUCCCGGAUGAGGAGUCCACUCUGCUCCAGGAAGAGGAUGAGGGGUUAGACCUGGACCAGGCCCCAGCCAUUGUCCCAGUGCCAGCUCCAGAAGAACCACCAGUGAAGAGGAAACGAGGGAGGCCCCCCAAGAACCCUCCCAAGACCCCAGUACAUGCUGCUCCUGGAAAAGCAACGGCCAUUAUCCAGGUGGAGGAUGAGAGCACCGGGGCCGUGGAGAACAUCAUUGUGAAAAAGGAGGAGGGUGAUGGUACAGAGGUGACCCCUGAUGAACAGGGUGUAGCUCUGACGGUGGAGGCCGUGGAGAUGGACACCGACGCCACCGAGACUGUGGAGCUGACUUUGAACGAAGCCACGACUGCAGCCAAUGGAGACCUGACUCCAGAGAUGAUCCUCAGCAUGAUGGACCGGCAACUGGUCCCGCCCCCUGAUCCCCGGAGGCAGUGGAGGGAUGGGGAUGGGGGUGGUGCCUGUGGAUGCUGCAGAGAGGAUCACCCCCUUUGCUCCGCUCUAGCUGCUGCUGAGGAGGAGGCUGUUGGCCGCCGAGCUUUACCCGAUCAAGAGGAUCAUUUUCCCGGGAGGCUGGACAGGCCUCUCCCCUGCCUCAGCGCUGGAGCCUCCGCAUCUCCCAUGGAGCCUCUACCCACACAGGGACAGACGCUGAGGCACUACACCGCCCUCAGACCCCGGCCACGGCGCACACGCACUCAGCCCCCCUCCUCCAGGCCCCAGGAGCUUAAGGCAGAGGCAGAGAACGAUGCGGUUGAUGGCAUGGGCCGAGUGGAUGAGGGAGUUGAUGAGUUUUUUACCAAGAAAAUCAUUCCUGACUAUGCACUAAAAGGCCGAUGGGAGGAGUCAAACCCUGCCCAAGCCACUCCCUCAGAGUCCAGCUUCACCUCCUUAGACCCAUUACCUUUUUCCCCCUCCACAGAUAGUGUCCCCUCCUGUCCCGAGACCACCACAGUGUCCUCUGCCCCACCCACUGACACCCAGCCUGUCUCCCCCACUAAUGACGCACCCUCCAGCCCACCCUCUUCUCUCCCCCUUUCCUACACUAACACUACCAACACAUCCACUGUCCCCAAAAAUAUUAAGAAAAAGUUUGGUGACUUUUUUGCCUUUAAGAGGGCCCGGGCUGGCAGGACUGCCAAAGCUGGUGGGGGGGAGGCAGGCGGGGAGGCAGUGAAGGUCAAAAGGACCUCCAUCGCUGACCUGAUUCGCCCCCUGCGUGAGGCCAAAGACAGGGAGAGAGAACGGGACAAGGAGAGAGGGUCCAAAUCAGUGGAGGAUGUUAAUGUUUGUAAUGAUGCCGCCAUCACAGAAGGAAGUGCUGCUGUGGGGAUGCGCCUGGCAGGCGAAGGGAUGGAUGUGCUGAUGCCUGUCAAGACAUUGACCAUUUCAACACCUUCCAAUGAGAGCGCUCCUACCCACCCCACGACCCCCGCACCCUGUGCUUCCACACACACGGACCACACAGAAGUAACAGUCAGUCAGCCUGAGCGUCCCCCAGAGGGCACAGAGCAGGGAGACACCAACACUGUGGAGAGGGCACUAAGGACCAAGAGGUCUCUGCGAGAGGGUAAGAGCCAGAGUCUGAUCCUGCUGACUGCUGAUGAGGACAAGGACAGAGCACACAAGAAGAAAAAUGUACAAGACAGCUCCAAUAGUUUUGAACAACGGCUUCAGGUGAUGCUACACAGAAUAAGUGUUGGAAGAAGUCCACCCCCAGACACUAAGAAGAAGCAGAAUAAAGAAGAUGAGCUCAGAAAAGCUAACUCUGAAGGUGCAAUUUUGGACAAACCUGAGAGCCCUUUUGUUAAGCCACGAACUAUGUCCUCUUCAGCAGCUGAGCGAAGAGAUCCUAAAAUAGCUCCAGAUCCUGUGAGACCUUUGGUCCAUCCCAAACCUCCUGUUCCAGAGCGCCCCCUGCUGCCCAAGCCUCCAGUGAGUGCAAAGCCCCUCCUCCCUGUUCCUCCUGCUGCAGGAGACACAGUCAAAGUCAGAUCCUUCUCUGAAGACGGCAAAUGUGAAGACAGUCCAGCACAGAGUGAAACCCAGGAGAGCACCAGGGGGCCACCUCCAGUCACACUUCCCAAGACAGAGCUGUUCUCUCCAGCGCUACGAAAGAUUCCAAUGGCGGUGGAGCGCUCUGAAAAAGCACAGUCCGUCACUGAUGAAAGUCUGCCGAAGCCAAGAGCACAUUUAAAGCCCCCGGUCCAACGCCGAGCGGUGUCCGUCCAUGAGGAUACUCUGGCCAUGACUCAAGAGCUGAAGGCGGUGCUUCAAAGGUCGCCCAUACGUCUAACUGGCAACAAAGAGCUUCCCACCUGUGUUGAAGACAGCACAGCCGGAGAAGGAGCCCAAAGUUCUCAACAUGAGUCCCAAGACCCAAAUUGUGCGUCAUCACCAUCUCAGGGCCAAAAGGAGAAAAUCGUAACCCUACACACGCAUCUGGUCUUUGAGUACAAGAAAACGACUCCAGAUGCAGCUGUGGUACCAUGCAUGACCACAGGGAGGCGUCACAGGGUCCAAUUGCAGUCCGCUGGAUAUCGCAAUGUUCUUUGA